AUGACUGCAGGCAUGCUGCGCCUCUUCACCGUGACGGCGACGCGGCGGUGGCGGCCGCUCCCUGUCGUCGCUUAUGCCACCACACCCAUCGGCCUGCAGCGCAAACUCACCAUGAGCAAACGGCGACUUCGGCCGAAGCCAAAGCCGACCCUUGGUCCCUCCAUCCCCAUCUGUAUCCUCCUCGUGCUCAUCACAGCAUACAUGACGUACAUCACGCGACAAUCUUCCAACGACGACAGCAUGUUUCGUUGA